AUGGCAGUCCGAUCGGCAUUUGACCCCAAGGACAUGGUCUUCCGCCAUCUUGGUCCUACUGGCCUAAAGGUUUCGGUCUUUUCCUUGGGUGGUUGGCUUACCUACGGCGGUACGCAAAAGGGCAACAUCGUCAAGGAAAUCCUACAAACUGCCUGGGAAAACGGUAUCAAUUUCUUUGAUACCGCCGAGACAUACGCCAAUGGACAAUCCGAGAUUGAGAUGGGCAACGCUCUCAAGGAACUCGACUGGCCACGGGACGAAUACGUCCUCUCCACCAAGGUUUUCUUUGGGACCGGCCGAAAAGAACCAAACACUCGGGGUCUCUCUCGCAAGCAUGUUGUAGAGGGUCUGAAGAGCUCCUUGCAGCGGCUUCAGCAACCAUACGUUGACAUUGUCUUUGCUCACCGACCUGACUACGCCACCCCGAUGAAGGAGAUUGUGGAGGGCUUUACCCAAGUCAUCCGCAACCUCAACCUGGCCUACUACUGGGGCACGUCUGAGUGGUCUGCCACCCAGAUCACCGAAGCAACCCUGAUCGCCGAGAAGUACAACCUGAUUGCCCCGGUCGCCGAGCAGCCGCAAUACAACGCAUUUCACCGUGAGCGCUUCGAGGUCGAGUACGCCCCGUUGUACAAGGAAUACAAAUACGGCACCACCAUCUGGUCACCUUUGGCUUCCGGCCUGUUGACCGGAAAGUACAACGAUGGUAUUCCCGAGGGCUCCCGUUUGGCCAACCACAAGGAUAUCUUCAGCAACGCCGUCGAAUCUCUACAGAAGCCUGAAGGCCAGGCUAAGAUCGAGAAGGUCAGGAAAUUGUCCAAGAUUGCCGAACGGUUGGGCGGUAAUACCUCGCAGCUGGCUUUGGCCUGGGCUGCCAAGAACGAGAAUGUCAGUACGGUCAUUCUGGGUGCCACCAAAGUCGAGCAGCUCGUCGACAAUGUAAAGGCUCUGAAGCUUCUGGAAAAGCUCGACGACAAGACUGUGCAGGAGAUUGAGGAGAUUCUGGACAACAAGCCUGCUCCUCCAAACACUUUCGGGAGGUCCAGGUAG